CGUUCCCUGGAACACUGGUCAAACGGAGACAAGAGUCGCUGUGUCCCAAAGGGGGUGGCAUUUCUCUCAUUUGACGAGACCAUGGGAAUACUCCUGGCUGCAAUCUCAUUGGUCGGAGCGUGUUUGACCACAGUGGUGCCAUUGGUCUUCGUUCACUUCAAAAAGACUCCCAUUGACAGGGCCAACAACUCUGAGCUGAGCUUCCUGGGGAWAACAAUAGUGGUGUUGAUGGCCUUCAGGGCUACACUUKCAGCCAGUAAUGUCAUGAAAUGGUUUGGUCCUCCACAGCAGAGACUCAGUGUUCUGGCUUUCACUCUCAUACAGGUCCUGAUCUGUGCUCUUUGGUUAACAGUCUCCCCUCCUUUCCCAUACAACAAUAUGAAAACAUAUAAGGAAAAGAUCAUUCUAGAGUGUGAUGUGGGUUCAGCUAUUGGUUUCUGGGCUGUGUUGUUGGGCUAUAUAGGACUCCUGUCUCUCUUGUGCUUUGUGCUGGCUUUUCUGGCUCGGAAGCUGCCUGACAACUUCAAUGAGGCCAAAUUCAUCACCUUCAGCAUGCUCAUAUUCUGUGCGUGA